AUGUGUGGUAUCUUUGCGUAUUUAAAUCACUGUGUACCGGUAACCCGGGAACGUAUAAUUGAGCUUUUAUUAAGAGGGCUUGAAAGAUUGGAAUACCGAGGUUAUGAUUCAGCAGGAAUUGGAAUUGACGGAGAUUUUGAUGAUCAAGGAGUUCCUCAAGCUACGCUUCUUAAAUCCCCUGGAAAAGUGGCCAAACUUAAAGCUUUAACUGAGGCAUGCUCUCUUAACAUGAACCAGAUUUUUAAUAGCCACCUUGGUAUUGCACAUACUCGUUGGGCUACACAUGGGGAACCAUCAGAUUUAAAUUCACACCCUAUACCUUCAAAUGAGAAAUGCGAAUUUUCCGUUGUUCACAAUGGAAUAAUUACUAAUUAUCGUGAGCUUAAAACUUUUCUUGAAUCAAAAGGGUAUAUAUUUAUUACUCAAACUGAUACUGAAGUUAUUGCAAAACUGUUUCAGUUUAUUUAUGACCUGGAUAAAGCAAAAGAAUUAAACUUUAGAGAGUUGUGCGAACAAGUAGUUUGCCAGCUGGAUGGAGCUUUCGCGCUUGUGAUAAAGAGUUUGCAUUUUACCAGUGAAGUUGUUGCUGCGAGAAGAGGUUCUCCUUUACUUGUAGGCAUAAAAUCGUCUUCAAAGCUGAAAACUAACAUUAUCCCCGUUGCGGAAGGGUGUGUAAUUUCUAGAGCGAACUCAACUAACCUUUCAAGUUCAUUUUCAGAGUUAGGAAGUUUAUCCUCUUUUUCCAAUUUAAAUUUGUGCGAGAAUGAGCAUUGUGAACUUGAAUUUUUUCUGGCCUCUGACGCCUCAGCGAUUGUUGAGCAUACCCGGAGGGUUAUUUACUUAGAAGACAAUGAUGUGUUGCACAUUGUAAAUGGUCAAAUAGCUAUACAUAGGCUAAAGCUGGCGGGUUCCAAUCCUACUGAUCCAGCUAAAGCCACAUACCGAGAAAUAGCUCAUAUUGAGCUUAAAAUUCAAGAGCUUAUGCGUGGAAAUUAUGACCAUUACAUGCAAAAGGAAAUAUUUGAACAGCCAGAUUCUUUGUUAAAUACCAUGAGGGGUAGAGUAAACUUUGAUAAACAUUUUUGUGUUCUUGGCGGGUUAAGACAGGAAAUGGAGACUAUGCAACGCGCCAGACGGCUAAUCUUCAUCGCAUGUGGUACAAGUUAUCACUCCACUUUAGCGACAAGAGCAUUCCUUGAGGAGAUGACUAGAAUUCCGGUGGAUAUAGAAUUAGCUUCUGACUUUAUGGAUAGGCAUACACCGAUAUUUAGAGAUGAUGUUUGCUUCUUUAUUUCGCAGUCAGGGGAGACAGCUGACACCCUUAAUACCUUAAGAUACUGUAAAGGACGGGGUGCAUUAAUAGUUGGGAUAGUGAACACUGUUGGUUCAUCAAUAUCACGAGAAAGUCAUUGCGGAGUUCAUUUAAAUGCAGGGCCUGAGAUAGGGGUAGCUUCUACCAAAGCUUACACUUCUCAAAUAAUUGCAUUGGUGAUGUUUGCUUUAAUGAUGGCUAGUGAUAAAGUCUCUAUGAUACAGAGAUCCAAAGAAGUAAUUAGUGGUCUUCAAGAGCUACCAGAUAAAGUUAAGGAAGUUUUAAAAAUUGACCAAGAAAUUAAGCAAAUUGCUAAAGAACUUAUUGAUGAAAAAUCAUUACUUGUGAUGGGUAGAGGGUAUCAAUACGCUACUUGCUUAGAAGGUGCCUUGAAAAUUAAAGAACUUACCUACAUACAUAGCGAAGGGAUACUAUCUGGAGAACUUAAACAUGGGCCACUAGCUUUGAUUGACGAAAAUAUGCCGGUUAUUAUGAUUCUUAUAAAGGACGCUACUUUUACCAAGUCGCAGAACGCUCUUGAACAAGUAAGAGCUAGACACGGAAAGCCAAUUGUCAUUUGUACUCCCGAAUGCGAAGAUAUUGUGGAAAAGUACGCUUUUAAAACCAUAAUAGUACCAUCGACUACUGAUUGCCUUCAGCCCAUUCUAACAAUAAUCCCUUUACAGUUACUCUCUUAUCAUUUAGCUUUAGCGAAGGGCUAUAACGUUGAUUUCCCCAGAAAUUUAGCCAAAUCCGUUACCGUGGAGUAG